GGGGCCGGAGCUGCGGCGCAGCGGGUUAACGCCCUGGCCUGAAGCGCUGGCAUCCCACAUGGGCGCCGGUUCGAGUCCUGGUUGCUCCUCUUCCAAUCCCUCUCUCUGCUGGGGCCCGGGAAAGCAGGAACCAGCGGAUGGAAGACCUCUCUCUCUCUCUCUGCCUCUCCUCUCUCUGUGUAACUCUGACUUUCCAAAAAAAAAAAAAAAAAAAAAAAAAAAGGCUACCUCCACGCCACCCUGAUCCAGGUGAACGGAUGAGCCCAUCAAAUCACUCAUUCGACCGCACCUUGCCGCCUCCCUCGCCCCUCACGCCCAGGUUUCCAUUUUUUGUAACCGUGGCUCUGACGCCGGGGGUCUCUCAGUUUGCUCCACGACUCAUCAGAGGACUUCCCCCCAAAAAAAUUUUUUUUUCUAGAGAUUGAGCCCAGGGACUGGGAAAGUCAGCGACUCUGAAAGCCCGCUUUGCUUGUGUGGAAAGUGAACUUAACAAACCCGGGGGCUACGAAAAGCCUGCGACCACCAACGAAGCUCCCCGCCAGCCGACGCCGCCAUUUUGGGAGGAGAAAGUGAGCUGCUCCGCGACCUGCACAUUCGAUCUUUCCGAUGCUCAGCCGGCCGGCUUCUGUACUCGUGUAGAAAGUCAGAAACACAACAAAGCUCGUUCUCGGAAAAGCCACUCGCACGACGCUCAACCUCGUGAUGAAGUAUUUCUGAAUACAAAAAUAACAGGAAGCCAGCGUCUGUGGCGAAUCUGCUGCUUCCAAAGUGAGAGUGCGGGCGAGGCCGGCGGGAGGAAUCUUCCGUGGCGUGGAGCCCGGCGCUUGACUCCGUGGGAAGAGCCCAAGCUUUGCUGCGAACAUGAAUGACUGGAUGCCCAUCGCCAAGGAGUAUGACCCGCUUAAAGCCGGCAGCAUCGACGGCACCGAUGAGGACCCCCACGACCGCGCCGUCUGGAGGGCGAUGUUGGCACGCUACGUCCCCAACAAGGGCGUCACCGGAGACCCCCUCCUCACCCUCUUCGUGGCGAGACUCAACUUGCAGACCAAAGAGGACAAAUUGAAGGAGGUCUUCUCCCGCUACGGGGACAUCCGGAGGCUCCGGCUGGUGAGGGACCUGGUCACCGGCUUCUCCAAGGGCUACGCCUUCGUGGAGUACAAAGAGGAGCGCGCACUGCUGCGGGCCUACCGGGACGCCGACGGCCUCGUGAUCGACCAGCACGAGAUCUUCGUGGACUACGAACUGGAAAGGACCCUCAAGGGCUGGAUCCCCCGGCGCCUCGGGGGUGGGCUGGGGGGCAAGAAGGAGUCGGGGCAGCUGAGGUUUGGGGGCCGGGACCGGCCUUUCCGGAAACCCAUUAACUUGCCAGUUGUUAAAAACGAGCUCUACAGAGAGGGGAAGAGGGAGAGGAGGGAGCGCUCUCGGUCCCGAGAACGGCACUGGGACUCGAGGGCCAGGGACCGAGAGCACGGCCGGGGCCGCGAGAAGAGAUGGCAAGACAGAGAGCAGGCCAGGGCCUGGCCCGACAGCGACUGGGAGCGGGAGAGGGACCUCAGGGAGGACAGGGCCCGGGGGAAGGAGAGGAGGGGGCGGAGCAAGUAGAGGCGGCGCCAGUAGAGGCAGCGCUGGCCGGCAGUGGCAUCACAGCGCGUCUGCGGGAGGCAGCGGGGCUGCAGAGCCUCGGCUGGAGCCAGCGUCCUGAAUCGGUCGUCUUCAUCGCGCGGUUCUGAGGGCACGCCACCCGACAGGGAAGAGGGCUGUGCGUAGCUGGGGGGGGGGUGGUGUCUUUGCUCCCACCUGUUUGAAACGAUUUGCCCUAAAGUCCUUUGUGCUCACCUGUGACUCCUGGACACCCUCGUCCCCACAGCCCAAGGGUUUUCUGAAUUGAAAGGGAAUGGGCAUGGACUGUCCAGAGACAAGACCGGAAGCCGGACUGGACGUCUGAGUCAGCACCCAGCUACUGUCCGGCAAACACUACCCUGCUGUCCUCAGAAUGCUGACUGGCUUGUUUCUUUUCCUAUCUGGCAUUUAGAAUUCAGAACCAAAGUCGCAGGGCUGAGGUCCACAGCAGCCUCCCCGCGCUGUGAAGACAUAAAGACAACAAAAUGGGAGUGGGGGAGUCGGCGAGUGCCAGUGGCGGCGCCGCCCUCUCGGAGGGCACUGAAGGAGACUGCCCCGGCCCGUGGUUUCCCCAGACAGGGACCUGUGGCGUUUUUACCAGCGGCUGUCAUCUCUGAAAGUUCAGGUUCUUGCAAUUCAGCACGUUUUACACACAGUAAUGAACGAUUCUAACAGCCAACAGCUGCGUGUUCACGAGGAGGGUUUGCACAGAGGGGGAAUCUCCCAGGUUACCCAGGGACCAGACCAAUCUGCUGUUUGAAAACUGCUGUCGGCUGUUAGAAUCAUUCCAGAAGAACAUGCCCUGCCUUUGCAGAUUCCAGGAUAGACUCCGACUGCUUCCCAGGCUCAGAACAGCACUGCAGGAACACCCUUCGGCCCUCGCACACGUCUCAUUUACAGCAGUGCUUCCUGUUGUGGCCCCACACGCGUGGUAGCUGGAGGGGGUGGGUUCCUGAGCUCCACGGGACGGCCUCACUUCCAGGAAGUGUGUGAGACAGGAGCAAACGCAGGUCCCAUCGCAGUGUGUACGCCUCUGUCAGCUCUGAGCGUCAGAACUUGGCACGCUCAGGCUCUGGCCCUGGCUUGGUGUUGUGGGGGCCUGAGAGGGGGAGCGCCCGGCCCGGCCCGGCCCGGCCCGGCCCGGCCCGGCCCGGCCCAGGAGCCACAGGGGCCUCUGAGCCAGCAGUUCUGCUCCUGAUCUGUUCUGCAGGCCACUGCGCCUGCGUGCGUGUGUGCCACGGUGUGUGAGUGAGGGACUGUCCGUCAGAGGGGCCCGGGUGGUCACUGAUGAGUGAUGCAGAUUGCAUGGCAGACCAGGGCCCCUUAGCCUCAGCACCUCUGCCAUCCAGGUGGGGCAGUCCUUGCCCAUGGGGCUGUCCUGUGUGUGUGUGUGGGGGGGAGUUACAGCAGCCUGGCCUUCGCCCACGAGAUGUCAACCACAAAUGUCUGCAGACGCUGCCAAGCGGCCCGGGGAGCACUAUCGCAGGAACUCGGGAGGCCUUACCUAGGAAUGAGGGGAAAGAGGUGCAGAACAGCUUGUACGGGAGCCUUAGGCCGCCGUUUGUGUAAGAACAGGCUGUGCACCGUAUACAAGGGGAGUUCCACAGGCUCACGGGAAAGGUGUACCAUGAAAAACUGCAUGAAUAGAAAAAUCUUUUUCUACCAAAAUAAACUUGUAAUUCCAUUUUCCAGGAA